AAUUGAAGAAAACGCAAUAACCAAUUAUUUUGCACAAACGUAUCAGCACUCAAAUGUGCGUAAGUGUGCUCUUGAAUGUGCGUAGAUUCUGUUCUUACCUAAGAACAAAUCCCAAAUAAGAAAACAUUGGUGAAUGUCAGAAUCUUCGUGAAAACUUCGUAAGUGUGUUUUAAGAAGAAAAUUCUUCUUAAGAACAGUUGGUGAAUGUGGCCCAUUGAAACUAGUGCAUCAAGGAAGUUAGGCCUUGACAUGUAGCCUGUAGUAAUCCUCAUUCAUAUGGCUCACUAAAGCUGCUAUUUACUGUCCAAGUGUUCAAGUAAAUUAGUUUCUCUGAAUCUGUUAGGCCCAUAAUCCAGCAACCUCAAACCAGCAUACACAGUGGUCCCCCUGGACCGUGGCUGAGAGCACUGCCUUAUUCAACAUCCAAGCCAAGUUGACCUUGUGCUGCUGACUUUUAAGCAAUUAAAUGAAAUCAAUUAAAGAAAAUGAAUGCAUUUACUCCUUAGUCAUUUAUUACAUUACCAAGAUGGUAGAAAGUAAUCUUGAAGUAGGCGAAAUGUUUUCCCCAUAGCUUGAUGUCUUACUGUACUACAGAGAACAUUCAACUGAAUUUAUCAACUUUGAAAAUAUGCAACCAUAACAGAGCUCUUAGUUUGAAAAGGCAGGUAUUAUAGUAAGUCAAAUCCUCCAGCCCUUAAAAAGUGCAUAUCAUUAAACUCAUUCCAUUGUUACAGUCAUUGUACAAUUCUGUAUGCUCACUAGUACUUCCUGUGCAGCAGCUGGGGGGCUUUCCGCUGCAAACGUGCUCAGCCGCAGCAGAAACAUUCUUGUGUAAUGCUCUCUACAUCAGUCUUUCCACUCACACAAAGUAGGGACCACAUCACAAGGUCUUCUGCAGAAGAGACCUCAACCUCUUUGCUAACUUCGCAGUAGCUCUGACCAUGGGAACAGGGUUUGUUAAGGUGCACAGAGAGCUUAUUGAAAUCCACUGGCAAAGGAAAUGCAAAGUGCAGUGAUGCCCAGCUCCUCACAGCUUUUGAGAACAUGCUUGCCAUUCACUGAAAAUUCCAGACACUCUUUAAAUGGGAUGAAAGCAGUAAAACAAAUCUAGGCUUUGUGGAUUUUAGGGUUGUUUACUUACAGCUCAUUGGCACAUAUUUAUCAUAACAUUGUCAACUUUUAUUUUAGAAAACAAGGACUAAUAAUAACACUACAUAACCAACAAAAGGUUUUCCCACAUGAAUUGUAUGGCUGAGGUUGGGAAUGUCUAAAAAGUUGAUGGAACUUAACCUUCUGACCUGUCAGAUGUCAGUAUCUUAUUGUCAAAGUAAGGAUGGGACUAAUUCUUCAGUUUGAGUACUACAUUUUUUUUGAACUGUUAUGAAACCUGUUGUCAAAACCUUGCAUGAAAUGUGGAAUCCCAUGAAAUUCAAUGUUUAAAUCACAGGUAUGAUUUUUUACAUUUGCGAGUAGAGGUGGAUGGUGCGACCAUCACCAAUUCUCGUGCCCUUUAAGGAGUUUUUAUCAGUAUGUCUGUGGAAUCAGAUACCUGUUCAAUGAAGUGACUGUGCUCUCAUAUCACAUAUCACAGCCCCAGGUUAUGAUUUGACAUGUGGUUAUGAUUCAACAAGUGGGUCAUUGAGAAUGUGUUGCAAGAAGGAGAAGCAGAACUGUCAAAGACAUAACUGCUUGUGGAAUUACUGAAAGAGUUUAUUCAGUUUUUGUGUGUCAGUGUAAAUUUCAGCUGGAAUGAAUACCAAAAGGUUAGUUAAUCUAACAGUAUUUUGGAAUAUCACCAGUAUGCUUCUGAUAACUGCACUUGGCACAGGUGAGUUUUUAUGAGUUUGUUAUACCUUUUUAGAAGUGGCUACGUUCUCCAAACUCAUCAAACAAAUGCAACCAUUUACUAUGGAGACAGAGAAUCAAUUAUUGCUAUCACGAUUACCCAUGCAGUUACUGUUAAUGAAAUAUGCAGUGAAAAUGCAAUAAUUCUAUCUUGAUACUUUUCUCAACCAUUGUGCAUGCAAGCUCAUAAUGAAAAUUCUCACCUAUCCCUUUUCAGAUGCUUAACAAAAAACAAAGCUUAUGUUUUAAUAUGGAUAGAAACCUUCUCAUAAAUGUCACAAUCAUAGGGGUUGACCCAUAGACCAGGGGUAUUUUUGACAUGUCAGAGCCCAAAUUGCUGAAUUUAUGUCAUCAUUUAUUGUGCUAAAGUACUAAAGCUUCUUAUUGUAUUCACAGUGUCAGUUCUACAUAUGUUAAAGUUGAAUCAUAUUUACAGAAGAAAUCUAUCUUACUGGUUGUUAUUUCUGUGAUUGUUUUUGUGUUUAAAGAUAGAUAAACUUUCUUCUUUAUCCAGACCAAUGUAUUCCUCUGAGCGUGAUACAGUCUCCAGCAGAAAUCACUGUCACGGCUGGAGCUAAUAUCAAGCUAUUCUGUGCAUGGAACUAUGACUGCAAAGCUGAAAGAGUAACAAUUGAGUGGUCGAAAGAUGGAGAAAGGCUUCAACCAUUCCAGACAGUCGACGGGCAAGUGAGAAAUGGGACCACUGCAUUUAACUUCACUAACAUUAAGGCAAAUGACACCGGGGUGUACAUAUGUAAAAUAAAAGUGGUCAUCCCAGUGCUGGAAGGGUGUGAUGGAAAUGGAACCAUCCUGACUGUUGAUGGCAAGUUCUGCAUUUUGCUCCUUAUUUGGAAAAAAUAAAAUAUCACACAAUGGUAAUUGUUCAGUAUGGAAAUGAAUGCGACAAAGUGCACCUGUUGUGAGAAUGCCUGUAUAGAUUUAUCUGAGUAAAACUAGUGCCUGUCUACUAUGAGCAUACUAGCAAUGCUACUCAUAAUGGGGAUUCUGUGAUGUAAAGUGUAACCUAAAAUGUGUUACAGCCUAUGUAUUAUUUAUGUAUUUCAUUUUGUAAUGCCAAUUGCAGCUUCAAAUUUCAUCAGGAAAAGACAAAUAAUGACCAUUGACUAUGUAUGCCUUGUGGCUAUAAUUAAUGUGUUUCUUGUUUAUGUCAUUUGUCUCACCCUCCCUUGGUCUUUCACAGGCUCAGUGGCAAAAACAACUUUGAUUCCUCAGUCAGUCUUGAUUGGCGCAGUGUGUGGUGGUACUCUGAUAAUUUUCUUGGUUUCCCUGUGUGUAUGUCAGUGGAAGUCUGUCAGACACAGAAGAUUGGCCCAACAUACCUAUGCAAACACCUCAGAAGGGUAUGUGGACAAACGUAAAAGGCCACAUAGCCAAACUGAGGAAGAAGAAAACAAGGACAUAAAAGAUGCUGAACAAAAGAAGAACAAAGUCAAUAUGACAGAGAGCGAGACAGGUUCUGAUGAUCUUAGGAAGCUGUUUCAAGUGAGCAGGGAGGACAUUGCUGAAGCUCGGAAGAAGCUUAAAGUAAAACGAGGUGAUGAAAACCCCAACAGAAGUGGAAAUGGAAAUUUCAAGAGAAAGAGAAGCUUUCAUUUGUACAUUAACAGCCAAGAACUCAAAAAGCAGUCUCAGACUCAACAUGUUGUUCCAACUCAGGCAAAACAACAUUGCACACGCCAGAAGAAAUGCCGACAGGCGAGAGGGAAGCGGCUAACAGCUGAGGAACUCUAUGAGAAUAUAUAGCGACUAUUUAUUGUGUACAUUUUUGUUCUUUGUCUGUUUUCCAUGUGACCCGUUGCAGGAGUAGCAAGCUUUGCUUUUUAUUAAAUGCUUAAUGAUAUAUAAAAAUCUUCUCUAUGAUGCUUCACAAAAAAUGACUUUCAUGUAUAUCUCUUGGUGAGCUCUGCACAAAAAGCCACAGUGAACCAUGACAGAAACCAUACCAACUCUGUUUGAACCACAAUUUCACAGGGGUCAGCAAUUUAAGAAUGAUGCUUGACAUACAAUGUCAGCUUUUAUUUGAUGGUGAAUUUAGGGGAAAUGCAGGCAUAGUUUUUUUCACUUCAGCAUAUGUAUUUACACAAUUACCUCAACAUGAAGAGAUGCAUCUGUUGGUGUGCUUUUCACAUCUGAUUGAACUGCAUGGUCAUUUAGGAAAGUAUUUCUCAACCCUGGGACACCCGUUGUGUAUGCUGGUUUUUGUCAAAGCUUAUCUCUUGAUCAAUUAAGAUUGCUGAAAAUGAGUUUAAGUUCUGCCAUAGUCGUGCGGUUAAACUUAACACAAUGUAGGUUUUACCAUUUGCUGUCAAUGAACUCCAUUAAUUGUACACAGAUAGUUUCAGCUUCGAGUCCACAGCAGAGGGCAAUGAAGGACUUGAUCCCAUUAUAUCUGAGCAUCUAAAUAUAGUCUCAAAGUUGUUUUAUUAUUAUCCAGUACUCUUAUACUGUAAAUAAGGAGUACACAUACUGAAUAAUAAAAAUAUAUUUUGAGAAUA